AUGCCCAACUACCUUCCGUACGACACCAUCAUCUGGGCACUCAUAUCCCUGCUGCUUGUCCUGGCGUGGGGGAUCGGGCUGCUCCUGCUUCUCUACCUGCCGUACAAGAGAUACGUGCUGAAGAGGGACAUCCUGUCCCGCCAACUCUUUGUCACCGACAAUAAGAUAGUGUACAAGGCGAUAAGGCCUUCGUACUUGCCAUUCAUGGGGAUAGUUAAGAAAGAGAUUAAAGUACCUCUCCAUUUGAUUGUUGAUGUUAUAAUUGAGCAAGGCUGUCUACAAUCUGCUUACAGCUUAUACACAUUUAGAAUAGAAAGCAUAGCCCAUGGGAAACCUGCUCCAGUGGAUGAGCUGCAAUUUCAUUGUGUCCAUAAUCCAGAUUUUCUAAGAAAGGUCAAAGCUUCCCCAAUCCGCACUGCCCUUGAUUCUAAGGGUAAAAUUCCUGACAAUAUAUUGCUCCAUAAGAUUGAAGAACUUAAUCGAUCAGUGAAGAAUCUUGAGUCUCUACUUGUAGGAUCACAUAGAAGAGAAUGA